UUUUGUACUGUUAAAUUGCACAAUGCACAAAAGUUAAUCAAAGCUUAACGGAGCUGAUAACAUUUGUUUCGAUAAAAAAAUGACAUUUGCCUUGAUUAAAUUAGUUAAUUUAACGGAGCUGUUAAACCCAGAUUAAGCUAAAAUUCGUAUGCAGAAAAAACAAUCAGCAUUAACGGCGCCGUCAAGCAGCCUCUAAUCACGGCAAAAUUUAACCGGUGCUCGUCGGUUGAUUAAAGUGACAGUUCGUUCGUAGUUUUCGAUUUGAGCUUGUGAAAAGUAAUUUUUAUAGAAUAAUUAGGCCUAUUCUAAUAGUUUUUAACAUCAUUUCAUUUAAAUAGAAAAGAUAUUCAUUUUUUUAAUUGACUCGUGUAAACGCGUUUUCUAAAAUUCUUCUCCAUGAGCAGAGUGGAGUAUUCCAGUCGAGCAUUCUUCCACUUUUGAAGGUGGUAGUUUAUUUUAAAUUGCUGAACUGACCUCUUUGGAUUUGAUGUUUCAGAAAUGCGGAAGUAUCUGAGAGCUCGUCACUCUGGAUUCUAGUUUAUAUGUUCCUUAUUAAAUUGGAAAAAAAUUAGUAUUCGGAAUUGAUAUUAUAAGACAUGCAGCAUCGAGAGGUCUAAGCUACUGUAAUAAAUUAUUCUAGCAGUUAAAAAUAUAUGUUGGAAUAAGCUCCACUUUCAAUAAAAUUAAGCACUCAAUGGCAGUUUAACCGGAACUUUUGUUGAACGAACCUAGGACAGUCACUAAGAUACUAUAAGAAGGAAUGAAACCACGCCUGAAAAACCACUUCAGGGCUCAUCAACUCAGUGUAUGGCUACGACUUAUACCCGAGCUUCAUCGAGCGGGAAUGGAGGAUGUUGUUGCGAGACAUAAUCUUUUUAGAAACCAUAAUAAUGCGGAUUUAUACGACGGGGCUGUACGUCCAGAUCCUCUUUCACGCGUUAGUUACUACGAACCUUCGGCGGAUCUCUUUAGGAGACGCAACUCUUCCAUACAACUGGAGUCGCCGACGACAAUGGACACUUUAGUGACUACUUGCGUUAGUGUUGUAUCGUCGAGCAAUUUCAAUCAUCAAACUUUUCAAAAUCAGAAUUCGUCGGCGGAUACGCUGGCCAGUCUCGAGGCGGCGGGUUACGCCGCGUACAGUACGGCUCUUAGUGUCACGAUAGCGAUCGGUUGCUCGCUGCUGAUUUUAAACGUGCUUAUUUUCGCGGGUGUCUACUACCAGCGGGAUAAGACGAGAAUGGAGGUGAAAUCGCUCCAGCAACAGCAGCAGAGGAACCAGGCGAACUUCGAGGCGAUCUCCAAGCACGGCCACUACCACAUCGGCCAUUCGCAAAGUACAAGCGUGAUGGUGGACGUGGAGGAUACAUCGGCCAUGAUGCUAGCCAACGCACAACAGGACAUAAACACCUUGUCGAAAACGCAGUCGCAUCUCUGCCCAGCGCUCUCGAACUCCCUGAAAGCGCCACCCUCCAGCCCCAACAUCAUGAUGCAAAGUAACUGUAUGACACUUCCGAAAAAUUCCGGCGGAUGCAUGCAAAAUUACAGCCAAGGAUGCAUGACCCUUCCAAAAAAUACGACCCUCAUGAAUAACACAGCGAACGUAAUUGCAGAAAUGCAACAGCAAGGAAUCGUACAACCCCCGAACGGAAGCGCGACAAUGCCGCUUAGCGUUCCUCGUCCGCCGCCACCGCCCAAAGUGAAAAGCCCACCGGAAAGUCAACCCCUUUUAAUUUCGCAUCAUAAUAACCAAGGAAAGCAAACUAACAUGCGAGUUCCACAGGCUGCUAUGAGCGAAAUGCGAGUGUGAUAAAAUUAAGUGUUUAACUCCACAGCAGUGCCGUUAUGCUCAAAUUCGUCCGAGAGACUUGCGGUAUGAACGCAUAUUGUUUAUAAUUUAAAUACGGCCUAUCCGAUGGCUUAAAUUUCCUAGCAUAUUAUAUACGAAAAUACAAGAUUUAAUUAUGAA